AUGGAGCUGCCUUACUACCACGGCCCGCUAACCAAGCAAGAAUGUGAGACCCUGCUCCUCAAGGGCGGGGAGGAUGGCAACUUUCUGUUAAGAGACAGCGAGUCUGUGCCAGGAGUCCUGUGUCUCUGCGUCUCGUUUAGAAAGUUUGUCUACACCUACCGAAUCUUCAGAGAGAAAUAUGGAUAUUACAAGAUACAGACUGUGGAAGGGGCACCAAAACAGAUCUUUCCAAACCUAGAGGAACUAAUCUCCAAAUUUGAAAAGCCAGGUCAAGGACUGGUGGUUCACCUUUCAAACCCAAUAACGAGAAAGAGCUCCUGCCCAAGAGGAAGAAGGAUGACGUUAGAGCUGAAUGUCUAUGAGAACACUAGCGAGGAAUACGUGGAUGUCUUGCCUUGA